CUCUCUCUCUCCCCCGUCUCUGUCCCCUCUCUCGGUGACUGGCCGAGCUCCUCUCCUCUGUGUCCUGCUCUCCACCUGGCCUCCAUGUGUUUAACUGAGGACAAGCCAUUCCUUUCUGGAAGAUGGGAAAUGAUUCAGACACAUCUGCUGUGUUUGCCUCCACCAUCUCCAAGGAGUACGACAUCCUCAUGGGUUCGCUCUACGGUGUAUUUUGUGUACUGUCCCUCAUGGGUAACUGCAUUCUGCUACUUGUUGCAUAUCACAAGCGGUCGACCUUGAAGCCAGCAGAGUUCUUCAUCAUCAAUCUCUCUAUCAGUGACCUUGGGAUGACGCUCUCUUUAUUCCCACUGGCAAUACCGUCAGCUUUUUCACACAGGUGGCUGUUUGGAGAAAUCACCUGUCAGCUCUAUGCGAUGUGUGGAGUACUGUUUGGUCUGUGCAGCUUGACCAACCUCACAGCCCUGUCCUUAGUCUGCUGCCUGAAAGUCUGCUUCCCCAGCCAUGGUAACAAGUUCUCCUCGUCACACGCUCGCCUCCUGGUGGUCGGAGUGUGGUGUUACGCGUCUGUGUUUGCUGUAGGGCCCUUGGCACAGUGGGGACAUUACAGCGCUGAACCUUACGGCACAGCCUGCUGCAUUGACUGGCAUGCACCCAACCACGAGCUUUCAGCUUUGUCUUACAUUGUCUGCCUUUUCGUCUUUUGCUAUGCACUGCCCUGCACCGUCAUCUUCCUCUCCUACACUUUCAUUCUGCUGACAGUGCGCGGGUCACGUCAGGCCGUCCAGCAGCAUGUGUCACCACAGACCAAGACCACCAAUGCACACGCUCUCAUUGUCAAGUUGUCAGUAGCAGUCUGUAUAGGCUUUCUGGGUGCCUGGACACCAUAUGCUGCUGUGGCCAUGUGGGCCGCUUUCGGGGAUGCCACACGAGUUCCUCCUGCUGCCUUCGCCCUGGCUGCCGUGUUUGCCAAGUCUUCCACUAUGUACAACCCCAUGGUCUACCUGCUGUGUAAGCCCAACUUUCGCGAGUGUCUCUACAGAGACACGUCCAUGUUACGUCAAAGGAUCUACAGGGGGAGUCCACACUCAGAUCCGAAAGAACGCUUCGGAUCCAACUCACAGCGCCAUAAGGACAUGAGCAUCUCCACGCGUUUCUCAAACGGACAGCAGGAGAGUUACGGGGCGUGUCUGCACUGCACUGAGAAUGCAGGGCUGUGUCAUGUGACACCGCCCCAAAGGACUGCCUGCGUCCUGACUGGAUCAACCUACAGAGAGGUGACAGUCGGACAGCUCUCAGCCAAACCACAGGACGACUUCCUCUAGUGGCGCAACCUCCUUCUCUCAUGAGGAUAACAAGGCAGGAAGGUGCCCAAAAAGGGAGAGAGAUUACUGUGUGUGCACAAGUUAUAACAAGCGUGUGUCACCGAGACUUUAUAGCGUGACAACACUUGCAAGGACCUUCAAAGGCAUUCUUCCUGAAAGUCACUCAAAAGUGGCCCUGUCAUUGUGAAAUACCGAAGAUUUCCAAAAGUCCACACUGCUCUUACUUCGUCUGAGAAGAUGUGCCACAGAAAUUUAUACUUCUAAUACUGUGACGCCUACUUCUGUGUCGGCUUGUUUCCUGUUUCAUUUUACUGCACUGUAACGUCACUGGAUUCUGAAGGAACAGACGAGGGCUGGCUUCAAGGUUAAUUAGACAAAUGUGUGAGAUUUUAAAGCCGCUCAUCGCCCUUUGCGUACAGCAGGAACAUACUGCUUAAUGUGAGGAUAAACCCUGUUUGCCAGUGCAAACAAAACAAAUGAAAAGACAAUUAUUGUGAAGGAUUGUGAAGGAGAUGAAGAAAUUGUUUACGGUCCCUUCUGUGGACUCGCAGAUUAAUAUGUAACCGAUUAAGAUGAAGUUUUAUAAAGACAUGUGUAACUGUUGCAUGAAUAUGUUAAAGUGGUACUCAGCCCAAAACGAUCAAGCAUUUGCCUGCUGUAGGCUUGAAUGUUUCUAUGGAUGUUUUCUCCUCGUCUCCAUUAGAAUCUACAGGUUUCAAGUGUUUUAUAAUAAAAAGACAGAUUUAGUCACUUUGAUGAAGGGGUCCAUGCUCGACAAAGCUCCACUGUGCUACAUAGCCUGUAGUUAUUCUCCUACUGCAGAGAGUCAGGUAAAACCGGCAAAACCAAGUUUGCACACUGUCGGCCUUAAUACUGUUAAAUCUGAUAUGAACACUGAUUUUAAAAAUUGGACUACAAGUCAAUUACACCUUAUGUUUAGUCAUUAGUUCUGACAGAAAUUCAGACAUUCAAAAAACCAGCCCUUUCUUUUAGCAGAUUCCUUCAUUCAUCAGUGCCCUUAAUCUUCCAUGCACAUUAGAUUAUACUGUAGAUGCUCUCAUGUUUGUAGUUUCUGCUAAAUAAUGUGCAUUUACACAAAGUAUUGGGUUAAAAAGUCAUCAACUAAAUCAGUUGAUCAUAAUGUCGUGCAUGAACAGUAUGACUGACGAGUAGCUUUCCUGAAAAGUCAGAACACCCAGCACUGUACUGUAUUUCAUUCUGCUUUCCCUCUUUAACGUGGUUACUGUGCUAUGUGGCGUCAUGUAUGUAUAUAAAGGAAAACAUACUGUGUGUGUUAAUAUCCUUAUCAAAAUCCAAUUCUUGUGCAGCCUUAUUUACUAAAGAAUAAAACAUUCAGUGGAAGUUUG